AGCCCAACUUUGACACCAACAUGACAUUAUCUGCACUGCUAUCCCCCACCUCCUCUCCCAAGCUCAUCUCCUGAACUAACCCCUCCACUCCCUCGCCACUCCCACACCAUGGGAGACAGGGUGGGUAAUCUCCUUGUUAUUGUAGUGGAUCUCCACCCUGUCUGGUGGGCUAACCACUCUUUGACUGAGGUCAUCCAGAGCUCUCUAAUCCUCGCUAACGCGCAUCUUCUCCAGAGCCCACUUAAUAAGUUGAGUGUAUACGGUUACAUGAACACGGGAGUUUACAAGCUGUACCCAGACGAAGAGAACCUAGUGGUUGGAGAGAGCACUGCGGGCAAGUUCGAGGGGUUUGAUGUGGUGAACACCACGAUACUGAUGAAGAUAAAGGAUGUGAUGUUGGAGUGUGAUAACCCUGAGGAGCACAGACAACUUGAUGGUUCACUGUUGAGUGGCGCACUGAUCAAAGCUCUAUGUCACUGUAACGUUAUGUCAAAGAAUCUUUCUCUUGGAAGUAUACUUCAAUCCAGAAUACUGGUCAUGAAAGGUUCCCCUGAUAGCCGAUCCCAGUACAUGGCCAUCAUGAACUCCAUCUUCGCCGCCCAGAAGAAUAAAGUCUCUAUAGACUCGUGCGUGUUGGGUGAAGACUCCACGUUCCUACAGCAAGCUAGCGAGAUAACAGGAGGAACGUACGUGAGGGUGGGGGAGCACAGUAAACUUACUCAGUAUCUGUUGGGAGUGUUCCUGAUGGGGGUGGAGUUUAGGAAGAGUUUUCAUACCCCUCCAGCUGCUAAGGUUGACUUCAGGGCAGCGUGUCAGUGUCACAGCAAGAUGACCGAUGUGGGCUACGUCUGUUCAGUCUGCAUGUCUGUUUACUGUAACUUCAGACCCAUGUGCAUGACUUGUAAUGCUCACUUUAAACUACCUACUGCUCUGUUGAAGGGGAAGAAAGUUACUGGUAAAAGGAAACUUGAGAACGGGAAGUCAUGAGGACAUUACCA